GGCGGUCAUUUUGGCUGCUCGGGUGUGUUCCUCCCGGUGGUGGUUCCAGAGCGCGGGCUUGUGGCCGUGAGCGAGAUCCAGAAGUCGGAGGGGUGGUCCGCACGCCACAGAAGCGGGUCUGAGGCUGGACCUCGGCGCCGCCCGAGAUGCUCUGCACGAGGGCUGGGACUAGAACCGCCGUUACCCUCUGCCCGAGGCCCGGAUGGCGGCUGCCGUGCUGAGGCUCCUGGCUGAGGAGGUUCUGUUGUGGCCACUCAGCUUGGAGGCUUGUGGAGCUGCAAGAACACCAUUGCCCAGAGAAGCCUGUGUGGAGCAACGUGACUGUGGAGCCAAUGAAGGUCCAUGACUGCCAUCAUCUUCUUUGUGGUUGCUUCUUGUGCAGAGAGUCUGGAUGUGACGACCAGACAGAGAAGGUGGGGCAGGAGCCAUUGUCCUUAUUGUACAGAGUACAAUGGCAGUGGCCGCACUGAGGGGCCCGGUUGAGGGCCGUGUGACCUUUGAGGAUGUGGUUGUGUACUUCUCCUGGGAGGAGUGGGGGCUCCUGGACGAGAAUCAGCGAUGCCUGUACCAUGACGUGAUGCUGGAGAACUUUGCCCUCGUUAUAUCUCUGGGUUCCUGGUAUGGAAUGGAGGAGGAGGCGCUUUCUAUGCAGAGUGUUUCUGUAGCACAAACAUCACCAAGCCCGACUCCAAAUCCAGACCCAGCCAUUGAGGAGAAUCACCCCUGUGAGAAGUGCAUCCUGGUGGGGAGAGACAUUUUGUACCUGACAGAGUACCCAGGGUCACAUCCUGGCCAGAAAUCACACACCUGUGAGGCCUGUGGCAAACAACCCUGGUUCAGUCCAAACCUACACCAGAAGCACAAUGAAGAGAAGCCACCUGAGCGGGACAUGGACACAGCUUCAGUUGUGACAAGCUGCAAAUUCCAGAUGUCAGGAAAGCCCCUCACCUUCACUUGCGGGGCAGUCGGGAAAGACUUCCUGGCCAUGUUGAGUCUUCUUCAGCAUCAGGCCACUUUGAAAGGGGCAAAGUCAUCAAGCAAUUUCAUGUGUGGAGAAGAGGAAGCUUUUCAUAGUGGGAGAAGUCAUUACACGUGCAGUGACUACGGCAAACCACCCAGCUAUGAAUACAAACUCUUUCAGCAUCAGCAGCUUCACCCUCAGAGUCAUGACUGUGAUGAUUAUGAGAAACACUUUAACCAAAGCUCCCCCAUUAGUGAUUGCCAGAGACCUGACAUGGGAGCAAGGCCUUAUCAGUGCAAUGAGUGCGGGAGAUCCUUCAGCCAAAGCUACCACCUCAUUCAGCACCACAGAAUUCACACUGGAGCCAGGCCGUACAAGUGCAGUGAGUGUGGCAAAGCCUUCACUUACAAACUCAGACUUGUUCAGCACCUGCAAAUUCACAAUAGGGUGAAGCCUUAUGAGUGUGGGGAAUGUAGGAAAUCUUUUAGCUAUAGCUCCACUCUGAUUAAACACCAGAGAGUGCACACAGGAGCCAGGCCUUAUAAGUGUGGUGAGUGUGGGAACUCCUUCAGUCAGAGCUCCAACCUUGUCCAACACCAGAAGAUUCACAAUGGGGCAAGGCCUUACAAAUGUAGCGAAUGUGGAAAAUCUUUUAGCUAUAAGUGCAAACUUGUUCAGCACCUGCGGAUUCACACUGGUGAAAGGCCUUAUGAGUGUGGGGAUUGUGGGAGGUCUUUCAGCCACAGCUCCACCCUCAACCAACACCGGAGAAUUCACACUGGAGCCAGGCCUUAUAAGUGUGGUGAGUGUGAGAAAUCCUUCAGCCAAAAGUCCAACCUCAUUCAGCAUCAGAGAGUUCAUACAGGAGAAAGGCCUUAUGAGUGUGGGGAAUGUGGGAAAUCCUUUAGCCAGAGCUCACACAUCAUUCAACACAGAAAGCUUCACACCAGAUAACCUCAUGAAUGUGCACUGGCUUCAGCAGACUUCUCAGCCACUGCUCUCCUGUCAAUUCAACAUGACAACUUAACCUAGAGAUAGAUAGUUUCACAAUUAAUGUCCUUUGGCCCCAGAAAGUCCACACAGAAGAAAAGCCUGAGAUUUGCCUCAGGGAAUGUGCUACUUUUUUUCAUUAGGAAGCCCUCUGCAUGAAGUUGAACUUUAUGCAUCUCAGUGUCUACAGUAGGGAGAUUCUGACCCUGAGUUCCUCAUACAUAGAAAGAAUUUUGGAGCCCUGUGUAUUCUACUACCUUGCUGGUUCCCUUGCCUGAACUCAUUCCUCUGCCACAAGCCACCUCACUUAUACAGACCACCUCAGAGGGAGGGGGGAAUUCAUUACCUCCUUUCUGACUAGGGCAUAGUCUGGACCCAGUUUUAUUGACUGAGAUCAGGCUGGAUAAUGGUAGCUUGAAAAGAAGGCUUGCCGCCUUCUGGUUCUGGUCUAACUUACAUUGCUGCUAAAGGCCUCUUAAGAGCGACUUACAGCGCUUUGUGGUCCUUGUUUAUACCCUGGAUGUUAGCCCAGAGAAGGAGGGUAAAAUUUGUGACAACCUCCAGUGCUUUAGGCAAGUAUAAAUUGCUUCCCUUUUGCCAAGAUGUCACAUCAUAUCCCAAGCACUAUCACGCGGGGGAGCUGUUUACCAGGUACUUAACAAAGGAAUCAUGUGCCUUUCAUGUCUAGAGUUAUCUGCUGUUAGUAAGACUGCAGGGGCUGGACUGAAACUAAUUUGUAUCAAAACAUUAGGUGAGAAGGGCAACUAGAGAGCAUGUCACCUCCGCACAUUUCAGUGACCUGUAGCUGAGGCCAUUGUCAGCAAAUACAGCCUUGGUUAUUGUAGUGUCUGCACUGUUCCAUCUGAACAUAGUGCUGCAGAGGAAAGAUGAUGAAAAUAGGAGGGUGACCAGGGAUGUAGCUUUUGUGACCCAGCCAAGCAAUUGUCAGGAAAUACUGGCAAACAAGAUCAUUUGAGUAUUUCCUGUUGCUGAGACAGGGCUGUGCUUCCCCCCAAGUCAUGAGUCAACGUUUCUAAGCCUGUUUAUGAAAAAGUAGGGGGAUCCAGACUUCCAUGUGAAUUAUUACGUACUAAGGAACUGCACCUCUUUGUUUACUUUUGGCAUGCAUCCAUAAAAUGAUCAAAAUCAUGAUGAACAACUAUGAACUCUCAUUUUCACCUUGUGCCCUUUUAAAAUCUCCCUCUGCUCUCAUGGCAACUAGGGAUUGAUGUUACUUUCACAGAUUAUGUAUUUUAUAAAAUUUUAUGAUUCAAGUCAAA